AUGGCCACGACGAGCCGGCGAAAUUCGCCUUUGAGCCACGGAACAACCGCGCUGGUGAAGCCCUAUUUCGGGGACAUCGUGUUUGGCCUUUCAGUGGCACAAGUCCAGAUCUACGAAUCAGUAGGAAAACCAGCCCUCCACAAGACCUUCGAGGGCUACAAUGGUACAAUUUUCGCUUAUGGCCAGACUGGCAGUGGCAAAAGUUUCACAAUGACCGGCGCUCCUGGAGAUUUGCGUGGCAUCAUUCCACGAGUGAAUGAGGAGCUUUUCUCAUACAUCGCUGAGAAACAAUCGAGCUCCACCUGCAGGUUUCUGGUGAUGUGUUCGUUCUUCGAGAUUUACAAUGAGAUCAUUUUUGACUUGUUGAACCCUGUAUCAGACCGCAGCAAGCUGGGAGGUGGUCUGCAAAUCAAAGAGCAUCCAGUCAUGGGUAUCUAUGUGAAAGACUUGACAGAGAUCGUGGCGGAGGAUGUGACCAAGGUGGAGACCCUGCUGGAGAAUGGCAACAAGAGCCGGGCCGUGUCCUCGACGCUCAUGAACUCCACCAGUUCCAGGUCGCACUCCAUUUUCACCAUCAAAAUUCAUCAAAAGGACGAAGACGACACUUCCAGGAACGUCUUUGCCAAGCUGAACUUGGUGGACCUGGCGGGGUCGGAGCGGCAGAAGGGCACCGGGGCCACGGGGCAGACGCUGAAGGAGGGCGCCAACAUCAACAAAUCGCUGAGCGCCGAAGCACAAUGGACAGCGAACGGGAAGAAGGUCUUCAUUCCAUAUCGCAACUCCAAGCUGACGCGAGUCUUGCACCUUGCACUGGGAUUGGGAUUUGAGGCUCUGCCAGGUUUCUGGCAAGAAUCCCUGGGCGGGAACUCUUUAUGCACGAUGUUGGCAACUCUCUCCCCUGCAGCUUGCAACUACGAGGAGACAAUGUCAACAUUGCGCUAUGCGAAUCGCGCGAAGGCCAUCAAGGUUUCUGCAACGAAGAAUGAGGAGGCUUCACAGGUCUCACGUUUGAAGGCAGAAGUUGAAGAGCUGAAGAAGAAACUCGCAGCUGUCGACAGUGGAGGUGGACCAGGUAGAGGCGGCAUGACAGCAGCAGAGAAGGAGGCGGAGCAACAGAAGUUCCAGAAGCAGUUGAAGGAGAUGGAACUGAUGUUGAACAACAACUGGGAAGAGAAAGCGAAGCUCAGUGAGGAGCAUGAGCGGCAGAUGCAGCGCUUUCGAGAAGAGCGCGAACGUGCGGCACAUGCUCUGGAGGAAGAAAGGCAAAAACGCUUGCGGCUGUUGCAAGAGAAGAAUGACUUGGAACUCUCCCUGCGCGGCCUGGUGGACUUGGUCGCGUCUGCCAGCUUUGAGGAACCCCUUGCUGUGGCCGGGGAGGCCCAUGCCUGGCUGAAGUCUCACCGCUCCUUCAGGCAAGACACGGAGGCUUUGUCCCAGCAGCUGAAUUUGGUUCAUGUCUUCAAGCACGGCUUCGAUGAGGACCUGAAGCUUUGGGGCGAAGGCGCUGAAGCGGGAGAUGCCACGUUGCAGAUCAUGGGGCUGGGCAGGUCCCUGCCUAAACUGGAGAAACUGCGGAAAGGGGUGGAGAAGCUGGUGCAGCUGGAGGGUCAAUGCGUCAGCGACGCCUGCGGCCUGGACAUCAGCGUGAAACGCGCCACCGUGGAGUUGGACGCCUACCGAAGCAAAGUGCAGAGCCCUUGGGGUCCGCAAUAUGGCGAAAUCCGCGAAGAAGCAGAGGCUGAGAGUCAACGGCAGGGGACCCCGGCCUUGGAGCGGAUCGCUCAGAUCCUCACGCUGAUCCAGAAGCAGCUUCAGGUGAAGCUAGAAGAAUUGCACAAGCUCACAACGUUGGAGAUGGGGCAGACCAUUGACAUGGUCGUGACCUUCUCUGAGGGCCUCUCUGAAGGAGAGGUGACGAAAGCCGUCAGCGCGUUGCAGGCCUUAAUCUCCUCGCCCAUUUUCGCGAUGCCUGAGGGCAUGCCACAGAAACCUUUGCGAGAGUAUUCUCCAGAGGAAGUGCAAGAUACGCCCGAAACCACUGAGGCAGUUCUGCGUCAGCUGAUCCGAAUAGAAGGAGUCAUUGGCAAAGCCAAGAAAUCCGCGGCCGAGCUUCUGGCAAGGCCGCCCCCGAAGUUUCUGUUGGAUGUGGCCGUGGCUUUGAAACAGGCCACAGGAUUUCCAGCCCAGCUGGAGGAAACUUGGCCGGAUUCCAGGGAAGAUCGUCUGGCACGCUUUCAGCAAAUCGCGGAUGCCAUCAACGGUGAGCUUGGCAUCCAAGUGGAUUUCGAUGGUGUUGGCGUGCUGAAGGGCAAGGAGGUCCCGAAGACCUUGCGUGUGCUGCAGCUUCUGGCGCUCAGCGCCGCGCGGCAGAGCCCUCCGAAGCACGGGGAGGAAAAGACGAAGGUGGAGGGCUGGACCGUGACGGAGGUGCCAAGGAUCCUCGACAGCCUGGAUCGCUGCAUCCGCACAGCCAAGACCGUGGUGGAGAGUCAGUCUCGCAACACUGAAGAGCAGAGUUUGCAGGAGAAGCUCCUGGCCAUCGAGGCGUCCCUGGCCGAGGAGGCGCGCUUCCGGCUGGCCCAGGAGGAGGCGCUGCGGGCGGCGGAGCGACAUCUGCAGGAGACCAAGGCCACUCUUCGAUCCAUCUCUGCACAGUGCGAGCAGAAGGAGGUGCAAGCAGUGCAAGCUGCAUCGACGGCUGAUCAGGAGCUCCACCAUGGAGCCAUGGAGGGACGGGUUUUCGUGUCGCAACAGUGGUUUUUCGCAAUGUUUCAGGAGCUUCAGGAACUGGAAAGACAGCUGGAGGAGUUGUCAGAUCCCAGCAAGUUCUCAGAGGCCAACGUGAUGAAACUACUUGCGGGGCAGCUUGAUGCGUUGAAGGUGGAAUUGGAACACGACCAAGAGGAAGUGAACCAGUUACAGGAUAGGCGCAAAGAGGUGACGAAGGCUCUGAAUGAAUCGACCUCCCAUGCACGGCUGGUGGAAGCAGAAGUGCAGAGGGCACGUCAGAAGCGCGAAGCAGAUGAAGAGUUGAUCGGCCAAGCACCCGAGGAGCAGCUGCAAAUUCUCCAGGCACGAGGCCAGGAGCUACGGGGCCGUAACGAGGAUUUGGAGCAGCAGCUGGCCAUGAUGUCCUCGGAGGCGACUGGGGCGAUUGGUAAGGGAUGA